AUGCACCCUCACUCACACACAACCGCAUUCGCACGCAGGGGUGGCAAGAGCAUUCCCUUGCCCCCAUCUCACCACUUCCACUCCCCCCCCCCCCCCCGCACAUGGCAGGCCAUGGGGCGGGUGGGUGAGGGCGGGGUGGUGCUGCUGCCGCACACGCUGGUCGACACCCACGUGCGCUCCGACGCUGCCACGCUCACACCCCCCGCUGCUGCUGGCGGGGAGGGCAGCGGGGCGGGGGGGGGCUACGCGGUGUACGUGCUGAACCCGCGGGUGAUGCCGCGGCGCUACGCGUACUCGUAUGGCAGCCGGGGGGACACCGUGUGCCCGGGCACCUCCUUCCACGAUGAGGUCACCUCCUGCGCUCAUGCUUUGUGGCGCUCGCUACGUGUGGGUGGAUCUGACGGCGGGGCCGGUGAGCUACGGGCCGGCGUGGGAGGGGCGGGGGGGCGUCACUCCCGCCGCGUACCUGCGGGCAGAGCAGUACAGCAAGGAGCUGCUGCACGGGGUGAGCACACAUGCGAGCACGCGUGCAUGUGUGAGAUUGCUCGUGCUGCUCUCACGUCUGCCUGCCAUCGCUGCAUGCACCUCUUCCUCCCUCUGCACGCAUCUGCUGCUCUCCCCCUCGCCCGCUCCCGAAUUAACCCAAUCGCCUCCCACCAUGGCAGUGUGGGUCUUCCCAGUCGUGCCCGCAAGCAGCCAUUGGGAGGGCGGCAGCACUGCCACCCACUGCUUCACUCACGUCCACUACCCCCUCCCCUCCCUGCCCCUUCCUUCCCCUCACCUCCCCUCCCCUCCCUUCCCCUCCCCUCCCCUCCCUUCCCCUCCCCUCCCCUCCCUUCCCCUCCCUGCCCCUCCCUUCCCCUCCCCUCCCCUCCCCUCCCUUCCCCUCCCCUCCCCUCCCCUCCCCUCCCUUCCCCUCCCCUCCCCUCCCUUCCCCUCCCUGCCCCUCCCUUCCCCUCCCAUCCCCUCCUCUCCCUUCCCCUCCCCUCCCCUCCCCUCCCCUCCCUUCCCCUCCCCUCCCCUCCCUUCCCCUCCCUGCCCCUCCCUUCCCUGUCCCCCCACCCUCCUCUCCCUUCCCAUCCCUGCCCCUCUCCCACACGCCCUUCCCCUCCCCGCCCUCCUCUGCCCCCCCCACAGGCGUUCCUGGCGCACGUGGCAGUGCUGGUGGACAGUGCGGUGCGGCAUGUGUUUGUGCCGCCGCUGCUGCAUGCGCCCGUGGUGUACGCGGUGACCACCGACAUCUGGGUCAUUGCCAUGCACAGCGCUACCGGAGAAGGCGGGCAUGUAGGCGAUGAGGGCAUGGGGCUGGACCUCACCGCCAUCAAGGACCAGCUGCUAGCGCGCUCACCACCGGUGGUGCUGGGGGGGCAGCAGGUGCGCUUCAAGCAGGUCCACCUCUCCCUCGCCACCUGCUCCUUCUGCUCCACCGCUCUGCACCGCGCCAUGCGGUCUGGCCUGUAUGAGGCCUCCGCUGGUGCUGCUUCCAGCUCAGCAGCAGGCGUGCCAGGUGGCAUGGAGGUGCGGCGCCACCUGGACUCGGAGGAUCUGCACCGCCACCUGUCGGAGUUGUGGCCCGAGAUCACUGAGCUAGCGGGGCUGCCACUGCCGGACUAUGCGGAGCGCAACGACCCCAACCCCCACGCAGGGCGCUUCUUCCCCGUCUUCCUCUUCGACCUGCACGAGCCAUACCCGCUGCUGCUGGAUGGCCGCCACCGGGCGCUGGCGUACGACGACAUGGUGCUGGCUGUGCGCUCCACUGCCCCGCUGCUGCCCUCGCACUACAUGUGCGAGGGCGAGGUGGUGGACAUGGAUCCCAGCAACGUCACGCGCCCCGUGCUCUCCGCCAUCCUGCACACCGCCUGGGGCCUCGCGCCCACCCAUGAGGCAUGGAGCGCCAUCCACAAUGCCUCGCAGCACGACUACCGGUGGAGCAGCGGCAUCACGCCCAUGGGCCCCUUCUCACGCCACCUCACUGUCACCACCACGAUGCGGGACACGGCGCUGCGCAACGUGGUGCUGUCCACGCUCAACUCCACCAUCUCCAGCAUGCUUCACCUCCUCUCCGCGCUCCAGAGGUACGGGUCGGAGGAGGCAGCGCUGAAACCGGGCGCAGUGAGGCAGCGCUUUGAGCAGCGCUGGGGGGUGCUGCGCCACAAGCUGCAGCGCGCCGCGGCGGCCCUGUCCGCAGUGGACAUGCACUUGGCGGGGUACUAUGCGCGGUCGGCGCGGCAUGACAUGGACGCGCUGUUUGAGCUGGCAGGGCAGUCCGCGCAGGACAUGCACACCUCCUUCUCCUGCUUCCAGGUCCGCCCCCCUCCCCUUCUCCCCCUUCUCCCAUCCCUCCCUCGUCUGCCUGCCAUGCCAUGGCACUGCAUCUGUUGCUCCCUCGUCUGCCUGCCAUGCCAUGGCACUGCAUCUGUUGCUCCCUCGUCUGCCUGCCAUGCCAUGGCACUGCAUCUGUUGCUCCCUCGUCUGCCUGCCAUGCCAUGGCACUGCAUCUGUUGCUCCCUCGUCUGCCUGCCAUGCCAUGGCACUGCAUCUGUUGCUCCCUCGUCUGCCUGCCAUGCCAUGGCACUGCAUCUGUUGCUCCCUCGUCUGCCUGCCAUGCCAUGGCACUGCAUCUGUUGCUCCCUCGUCUGCCUGCCAUGCCAUGGCACUGCAUCUGUUGCUCCCUCGUCUGCCUGCCAUGCCAUGGCACUGCAUCUGUUGCUCCCUCGUCUGCCUGCCAUGCCAUGGCACUGCAUCUGUUGCUCCCUCGUCUGCCUGCCAUGCCAUGGCACUGCAUCUGUUGCUCCCUCGUCUGCCUGCCAUGCCAUGGCACUGCAUCUGUUGCUCCCUCGUCUGCCUGCCAUGCCAUGGCACUGCAUCUGUUGCUCCCUCGUCUGCCUGCCAUGCCAUGGCACUGCAUCUGUUGCUCCCUCGUCUGCCUGCCAUGCCAUGGCACUGCAUCUGUUGCUCCCUCGUCUGCCUGCCAUGCCAUGGCACUGCAUCUGUUGCUCCCUCGUCUGCCUGCCAUGCCAUGGCACUGCAUCUGUUGCUCCCUCGUCUGCCUGCCAUGCCAUGGCACUGCAUCUGUUGCUCCCUCGUCUGCCUGCCAUGCCAUGGCACUGCAUCUGUUGCUCCCUCGUCUGCCUGCCAUGCCAUGGCACUGCAUCUGUUGCUCCCUCGUCUGCCUGCCAUGCCAUGGCACUGCAUCUGUUGCUCCCUCGUCUGCCUGCCAUGCCAUGGCACUGCAUCUGUUGCUCCCUCGUCUGCCUGCCAUGCCAUGGCACUGCAUCUGUUGCUCCCUCGUCUGCCUGCCAUGCCAUGGCACUGCAUCUGUUGCUCCCUCGUCUGCCUGCCAUGCCAUGGCACUGCAUCUGUUGCUCCCUCGUCUGCCUGCCAUGCCAUGGCACUGCAUCUGUUGCUCCCUCGUCUGCCUGCCAUGCCAUGGCACUGCAUCUGUUGCUCCCUCGUCUGCCUGCCAUGCCAUGGCACUGCAUCUGUUGCUCCCUCGUCUGCCUGCCAUGCCAUGGCACUGCAUCUGUUGCUCCCUCGUCUGCCUGCCAUGCCAUGGCACUGCAUCUGUUGCUCCCUCGUCUGCCUGCCAUGCCAUGGCACUGCAUCUGUUGCUCCCUCGUCUGCCUGCCAUGCCAUGGCACUGCAUCUGUUGCUCCCUCGUCUGCCUGCCAUGCCAUGGCACUGCAUCUGUUGCUCCCUCGUCUGCCUGCCAUGCCAUGGCACUGCAUCUGUUGCUCCCUCGUCUGCCUGCCAUGCCAUGGCACUGCAUCUGUUGCUCCCUCGUCUGCCUGCCAUGCCAUGGCACUGCAUCUGUUGCUCCCUCGUCUGCCUGCCAUGCCAUGGCACUGCAUCUGUUGCUCCCUCUCAACCCCCUCCUGUGUUUUAUGUCCCUCCCGUGUGCCCCACGCCUGCUGCCAGGAGGCGCCAAUGGCGUGGUCGGUGUGGGGUGGGGGGGCGGUGCUGGCAUAUCUGGCAUUCCUGGCUACCGCUGAGGCGGCUCGUUCUUCCAGCGUGAAGUGCGCGCCGUCGCUGGUCUCGUUCCGCCACGCGCUCGUCUGCAAGCGCUGGUUGCGCGUCGCCCAACUCGUGCAUCCCGCCAUCAUCGUUCCGCUCAACCGCUUCUUCUCCGCGCGCGCCCUCGCGUCCCUCCUCGGCGCGCCCGCGACCGCGGGGUUCCCCAACCUCCGCCACCUGCACCUCGCGCCGAACGCGCUGGACACCGUCGAUCCCGCGCUCGUGCGCGCCAUCUGCGCCGGAUCUGGGCCGUCUCUAACGCACCUUACGCUGCAGCUGCACGAUGCCUGGCUACACGUGACGCGCGCGCGACAGUACUCUUUUCGUGGGAUUGGCGCGCAGGCGGCGGCGGUGGCGGAAGCGGCGCUAGCGGCGGGGGCGGUCUCGCCGGCCGAUGUCGCCGCCUUGUUCAGCUCUUGCACGCGAUUGGUCAGUCUCGACGUGAACUUUGGGAGAGGUCUUUCCGAGGUUCCCGCGGCCGUCAGCUGCCUGCAGCAGCUCACGAAUUUCGGCAUGUCCUUUGACGACGAUGGUACCACGUUACCAGCAGAGUUUGGCAGUUUGGUGCGACUGAAGCGGUUACAAAUCCGGUCGACUUCCCUCGUGCUGCCCGAUUCCUUUUGCGGCCUGCCCGCCCUGGAGCACGUCAGCUUGCGCGGUUGCGUUUUUUCCCAUCUGCCCAGCAAUCUCGGGCAGCUUCGAAACCUCAAGAAUCUCACUCUCAAACUUUUGAUGCAGCUCGUCGAGCUGCCCACCUCCAUCUGCCUCCUCUCCGCGCUUACCAGUCUGACCCUCGUGCACUGCCGCGUGCUCGCUAAACUGCCCGAAAACUUUCACCAGCUGGCGAAUCUGCGCACCAUCCACCUGGAAGCACUAAUUGCCCUCUCUGCCCUUCCAGAAUCUUUCGGUCAGCUGCCCGCGCUGCGUGACCUCACCAUUGAAGGCAACGGUCGCCUUAAGCACCUCCCACCGUCGCUCUCUGCGAGCAGAACGCUGGAGCGCCUCUCUCUCAACGAAUGCCAAGCGCUCUCAGCCCUGCCGCACGCCAUCGGUGGCAUUCCCACGCUGGCACGCGUCGACCUCCUCUUUCUCGACGCCCUCACCGCGCUCCCUGACUCCCUGGGAUGCGCGUCGCGCCUGCACGAGCUGAGCAUCGUCAAGUGUCGCCACCUUUUGGCUCUCCCGCGCUCGGUCUCCGCCCUCACCUCCCUCGCCAGCCUUACGCUCGAUGACUCCGCUGUGUGUGCGCUGCCUGAGGACUUCGGCCAGCUGUCGAAUCUGGUCCAGCUGAAGCUGUCCUGCGGGCAUUUGUCUGCCCUGCCCAGGUCGUUCGGGCAGCUGGGAAAGCUGCAGGAGCUGGGGCUCCACGCCUGCUACGGGCUACUCGAGCUGCUUGCGGUUUUUCGCAGAUCUCUCCUCCCGCAGCUGCGCCGCCUGGAGCUCUUCAACUGCGCCAUUCCGAGCCUGCCAAAGAGGUUCGGGCAGCUGACGAAGCUAGAGAUUCUCAAGGUGGGAAGCAGGGAGAGUUACACGAGGGACGGCGUGGACCCAGGGCAGCCCUCCUCAUCUGUGUGCCCAACGGCGCUCUCAGUGGCCACGCUGAAUGAACCGCUGUUGGGGCGCUGCCUGCUGCGCAGCUUGCCGCCGUCCGUCUCUUCCCUCACGUGUCUGCAGCAGCUGGUGCUGGAGGGGUGUGACGCGCUGGACAGCCUGCCAGAGGGGCUGGGCCGCCUCCCAAGGCUGCAAGUGCUGCACCUGGAUUUUGCAGAUGACUUCUUAGAAUGCCCCUCCUCCACCUCACUUGCUGCACCCAUCACCCUGCCCCCGUCCGUCACCACCGUUUCCCUGCAUGACGUCUUCGGAGAUGCGUCCUACUUGCCGGACUCCUUCCGCACCCUCACACGCCUCACCCAUCUCAGCCUGCACGAGCUCAUCUCUCUCCACUCACUCUUCGCCCCUCCCAUGCAUGGCGCCCCACCUGCUGCUGACCUCGGCACUGCAGGCACCCAAACCAUCCGAUUCUCGCUGAAGGCCCUGAAAGAGCUCACGGUGGAGGCGUGCAAUGCGCUGACGGGGCUGCCCGCGGUCAUGGGAUUCCUCUCCUCCCUCGUCCUCCUCUCCGUCACUGAAUGCAACAAGUUCGCCUCUUUCCCCGACUCCAUUGGCUCCCUCCCCCGCCUCGCCUCCCUCAAGCUCAACUGCCUCCCCCGCCUGCGCCGCCUGCCAGAGUCCCUCUCCCUCCUCCCUGCCUUGGUGAUUCUUUCCCUGGAAGACUGUGAGCAGCUGCAAGCGCUGCCGGAGGGGCUGGCAGGUGUGGGGACGUUGAGGGAGGUGAUAGUGGCGGGGUGCUGCGAGCUCAAGCAUGUGCCCCAGUCGCUGCUGGCGAGGCAAAACAUGAUCGACCUGCAGCUCAGGUGA